AUGACUUCAACAUUAAUUAGUCGACGUAUUCCGUCAUGUUUAUUAUUAGUUAAUCGAUCGAUAAUUUAUCGAACUGCAGCAACUGCACCUAAAGCAGCAUCACCGGUAACACCUGAAUCAUUAAUAAAUGAACAAAGACCACAAUCGAAAGAAAGUAAAGAACAUGUAAAAACUCAAAAAGCUCGUCUUGAAGCAACAUCAUCAACCCCGAAUGAAAAAGUUGAUAAACAAGCGCGAACAUCAAAUUCAUUUGUAAUGAAUCUAUUUCGUGGUCAAUUUUCGCCGAAUGAAGUAUUUCCAUAUCCGAAUGUACUUAAUGAAGAACAAAAAGAUAAUAUUAAAAUGUUAAUAGAUCCAAUAUCGAAAUUUUUCGAAGAAAAAAAUGAUCCAGCAAAAAAUGAUCAACUUGAAAAAAUUCCUGAUGAUGUUAUGAAUGGUUUAAAAGAACAAGGUGCUUUUGGUAUUCAAGUACCUGUAGAACUUGGUGGUCUUGGUUUAAUAAAUACACAAGCAGCACGUCUUUUUGAAGUUGUUGGCGCUCAAGAUUUAGCUGUUUCAAUUUGUGUUGGUGCUCAUCAAUCGAUUGGUUUUAAAGGCAUUCUUUUAUGUGGUACUGAUGAACAAAAACAAAAAUAUUUACCAAAAUUAGCUGCAGGAGAAAAUAUUGCAGCAUUUGCUCUUACAGAACCAUCAGCGGGUAGUGAUGCUGCUUCAAUUAAAACAAGAGCAGAACUUUCACCUGAUGGUAAACAUUAUAUAUUAAAUGGUUCAAAGAUUUGGAUAUCUAAUGGUGGUAUUGCUGAAAUAUUUACUGUAUUUGCACAAACACCAGUUGUUGAUGAUAAAACAGGUCAAACAAAAAAUAAAAUAACAGCAUUUAUCGUUGAAAGAAAAUUUGGUGGUGUUACAAAUGGUGCACCUGAAAAAAAGAUGGGUAUCAAAGCAUCAAAUACAACAGAAGUUUAUUUUGAAGAUUGUAAAGUUCCUAUUGAGAAUGUUCUUGGUGGAGUUGGUAAUGGCUUUAAAGUUGCAAUGAAUAUUUUAAAUAAUGGACGAUUUGGUAUGGUUGCUGCUUUAUCAGGAACAAUGAAAAUGGCUAUAAGAAAAUCGAUUGAUUUUGCUAAAAAUCGUAAGCAAUUUGGUCGUACAAUUGAUACAUAUGGUAAUGUUCAAGAGAAACUUGUUCGUAUGGAAAUGCGACAGUAUGUUACUGAAAGUCUUGCAUUUCUUUUGGCACAAAAUAUGGAUCGAGGAAUUCCUGAAUAUCAAUGUGAAGCAGCAAUUGGUAAAAUGUUUGCAUCAGAAUCUGCAUGGUUUGUACUUGAUGAAGCAAUUCAAAUUCAUGGUGGAAUGGGCUUUAUGAAAGCAACAGGUCUUGAACGAGUUAUGCGUGAUUUACGUAUCUUUCGAAUUUUCGAAGGUGCGAAUGAUAUUCUUCGUUUAUUUGUUGCUUUUACUGGCUUACAAUAUGUUGGUUUACAUUUACGUGAAUUACAAAAAGCUGUUAAAAGCUUUAAUUUUAAUGUUAUUGUUGGAGAAAGUUCAAAACGUUUACGUCGUAAUAUGGGUAUGUCAUCAGGUCCAAAUAUAAAUGAACAUAUACAUUCAUCACUUCAAUCAUCCGGUGUACUUUUAUCGAAAUCAAUUGAUAAUUUUGGAGCAAUGGUUGAACAAAUUCUUAUUAAACAUGGAAAAACAAUUCGAGAUGAACAAUUUAUUGUUUAUCGUAUUGGAGAUAUGGCUAUUGAUUUAUAUUCAAUGGCAGCAAGUUUAUCACGUUGUACGCAAUCAUUUCAAAAUCAAGUACCAUCAGCUGUACAUGAAGCUAAUUUAGUUCGAAUUUGGUGUGAAGAAGCUUAUGAUAGAAUUAAUAAUAAUAUCAAUCUUGUUCAAAGCUCAGCUUUUAUUACACGGACAAAAUUAAUGAGUGAAUUAGCAAAAGAAAUUGUCGAAAAAGAAUCAACUGUACCUGUACAUCCAUUAGGAUUUUAA